AUGGUGAAAUCCACUCGGCGCUUCGAUUGGAAGCCCGAUUUUCAUUUGAGUCGGACACGGAGGUUUGUUGUGGAUGGAGAUGAAGACUCUUCACUCUUCUCUCUCUCAAUUCUCCAAUUCUCCAAUUCCCGAAACCCUAGUUCUUUUUUCUCUCUGAAAUUCUUUCCUUCCCGAAACCCUAGUUCUUUUUUCUCUCUGAAAUUCUUUCCAUUUCUGCAACAUGGCAAUUCGCUCAUCAGCCUCCCAGUCGGGGUCAGGUUCCAUCCCACAGACCACGAACUCCUCGAUUACUAUCUCCACAGCAGGAUUGCCAUGGGUGACCACUUUCACUCCGAUUUCGUCGCCGAUUGUCCUCAUUUUUACGGAGACAAUGAGCCCUGGGUUGUCUGGCAAAUCUACGGCGGCGGUGAGUUCAAGAAAGUGGAGGAUGAAAAGACUCUCUAUUUCUUCACCCAUCGGAGAAGGCUGAGUCCCACCGCCAAGCGAUUUGAUCGGAAAGUGGGUUCCGGCACUUGGAGCGGUCAAUAUUCGAGAGAAGUUGAGGAUGAUGGUGUUGUUAUUGGGCUAAAGAGGGAGUUCCGAUACGAGGGCGGUUGUGAUUCUCGUCACAACGAGGCUUGGUUGAUGCAAGAGUUUCAGCUCAUUGAUGAUGAUUCUGAUUUUGUACUGUGCACUUUGAGAAAGAACCCUAGAAAGGCACCACCAACCCCAACUGCUCAGGGGAGCAAUGUUGUUGAAAAUACAAGAGUUAAUGACAAAAAGAGAAAGAGCAUUGUGGAUCAACCCAGAAAGCCUAAAUCGAAAAAGCAGAAAAAGGAAGAGAGUUGUCAUCAGGAGGAACAAGAAGGCAGCAGUACUGUUGAUCAGAAUAAAGUGGAAGAGACCAAUUACGAGUUGGAUCAAGAUCAUGGACUGCUGCAACUAGUGUUGCCCUAUCCAUUUGUUGACGAUCAAGAUUGUUAUUAUCCUGAGAUUUAUCCAGAGCUGUUUGUUGAUGAUGAGCGUGAUUUAUUUACUAUGGAUGAAUUACUUGGACAAACCCCAACUCCAACUUGGCAGGAGGGCAACAACUUCAAUUUGGUUACAGGAGUACCACUUCUUUGA